AUGUUUUUCCGUGUAGAGACAGAAAAUGCGCGGUUACAUAGCACGAUCUCGCCAAAGAAACUGAUCCGCGAAAUUGCAACAAAUUUAUCACGAACAGACAACAGGAAAACUGGCAAUCUACUCAUUUUGAUUUUUUGUAUCAUAAAUAUACAUAUUUUGGUAAAAUUUUCCCAGAGCACGGAUAAUUUCCUUCAUCAAGACCAGCUCCAAGAUCAAGAUCUGUUUCUGUUUACGGAAACCGCUGGACGGAAAACACUCUUGGCGGUAAAUUUUAUUCCACGCGCGAAUGAUCGUAGGCAUUCCGAGCGAAUGGUUUUGAGCUAUUUUCGUCUUCGGGGAUCGAUUUUACAUCUCUGCCGCCGUGUUUCAACCGGUGAAGUGGUAAUGGAAGCUGGAAAAAGAGCUGCAGCGAGAUAUGCUGUGGACACAUAUGUAAAGGAUAAUCAAGCACUAGGAAUAGGCUCUGGAUCAACAAUAGUAUAUGCAGUCGAACGUAUUGCUGAAAGAGUGAAAGAUGAAAAGCUGCAUUUACUUUGUGUUCCAUCAUCAUUCCAAGCCCAGCAGCUGAUCACACAACACAACCUGACGCUUAGUGAUCUUGACAGAACGCCUGAGUUAGAUGUUGCUAUUGAUGGAGCUGAUGAUGUGGAUAGCAACUUAAGUGCCAUUAAAGGAGGAGGAGGCUGUUUAACCCAAGAGAAGAUAGUAGCAGCUUGUGCUAAACAAUUUAUUAUCAUUGCGGAUGACAGGAAGGAUUCUAAGCAGCUUGGUGAAGCAUUCAAGAAGGGAAUUCCAGUUGAAGUGAUCCCUAUGGCAUAUGUACCUGUGAUGAAAAAAAUAGAGAAACUUGGGCUUAAACCAAUCCUUAGAAUGGCACGAGCUAAAGCAGGUCCUGUGGUGACUGAUAAUAGCAAUUUCAUCAUUGAUUGCCAGUUUGACAAGGUUUAUGACUGGAAAGAACUAAACACGCAAUUGAAUUUAAUACCAGGGGUGGUAGAGACGGGGCUGUUUGUUGGUAUGGCGGAAUGUGCCAUAUUUGGAAAACCGGAUGGCACCAUCACUAAAAGAUAGCUUGACAUUUUCUGAUUCAAACACACUUGCUGGACAACGCCACGCAAGUGCAUAUGGACAAACGUUUUUUUCGUCGAUGUAAGGCACUUUUGUUUUUUAUAAGGCAAAGUCUGAAUUUUUCAUAAUACUGCUACUUGUAGAGCAAUGUACUGUGCCGAAUAAUACUUUUUAGCUUGCAAUGCCGGUAGGUUUUUGGACGCUCGAUGAAAACAGAGGUAGCAGGUCCUAGGAAACCAACUUCGAAACUUUGAUAGGAACCUCCUGGAGGUUCCGCCGCAUGGUUUUUGCGGUUCUGCCACCUGGCGCAUCAAAGGGCAAACAAAAGUUGCAGUUCGGCAUGCUAUGAACUUUUAUUGGGGGGAGGUGGUGGAAGAGCAUGCGCUCUUUACGUUGAGAGUCACUCAUUUUUGAAUGCAUUUUUGAUGU